CAGAUUGGAUACUGUCCUCAGUUUGACGGUCUGUUGGAACAGUUGACGGGACGCGAGACUCUUGUGCUGUUCUGCAGAUUAAGAGGAAUUAAAGAGAAUGAUAUGGAGCGACACAUCCAAGACAUCAGCAAAUUAUUAUUCUUUGAAAUGCAUUUAAACAAAUUGGUUAUGAAUUACAGCGGAGGCACUAAACGUAAAUUGAGUACAGCUGUUGCAUUGCUGGGCAAUCCGUCGGUGUCCUUCUUAGACGAGCCGACCACAGGUGUGGAUCCAGUGGCCCGAAGAUGUCUUUGGGACGCGUUGACCAAAAAGCUAAACGAAGGCCGAUCUAUAGUAUUGACGUCCCAUUCAAUGGAAGAAUGCGAAGCCCUUUGCAAUCGUCUCAUAAUUAUGGUUAACGGAAGGAUCUGUUGUAUAGGAAGUCCACAGCAGCUGAAGAACAAGUUUGGCAAAGGAUAUACCGUUAGGAUUAAAGUGAGAACCGGUUUAACCGAUAGUAACCAGAAUUUGUCGGAAGGCGAGCGCCGGCACUCGAAGAUCGCGUGGCGUAAUAACAGCAUUAUAUCCAAUGAUAUUGUUUUGGAUACAAAUAUCAAAGACGUGAAGGACUUUAUGGAGAAGUCGUUCAUCGGAUGCGAACUCAAAGAAAUUCAUUACAAUUUAUUGAAUUACUAUCUGAACGAUACGGACCUGACGUGGGCUCACAUUUUCGGUGCCAUCGAAAGGGCGAAGAAUACACUGAAUAUUGAGGACUAUUCGGUCGGACAGACGACUCUCGAGCAGAUAUUCCUCACGUUUGCGUCCAAACAAAAAGAGGACAUAAAGCUAUGAAGACAUCACAAUUUGUUCAUAUAUUUUAAUGCAAAACAAAAUAACUUAGUAUUAUUAUUAUACAUAAAAACAUAAUUUAUUUUUGAUUCUCUAAUUUAAAUACCUGUGAAAUUAUAUUUUGUUAAUUAACUUAACAAAACGCAAACAUGAUCUCCAAUUUGUAACUUAUUAUAUUUUGAAUGUGUG